UGUAGUGCGAUUGUGUGUUGUCUCAUCGAGCGUACAACACACACGAUACUGUUCUGCUUAAGUCCGCGUGUUGCGUCAAUCCGCAGCCCCGCCUUGUAACCAACGGUGCGCAACUGCUUCCAAGACCAUUUCUCUUCAUCAAGGAGCUAGAGCACAGCAGAUCUAGAUGGCAAGCAAUAUGAACAUUCAGACGGUGAUUGCCAGUUUUGUCUUGCUGUUGUGCUUCACAAAGAAGGCUUUGUCAUAUUCAGGUGGAGCACCUACAAGUCAGUGUGUUGCUAUGACUCCUCAAGGUCCCCAUGGCAGUGGACGUCCACAUGACAAUUCUCCAUUUGAAAUCACAUCAUCUGCUAUUCCUGAUGGAUAUAUUCCAGGACAGACAUAUAAUGUGACUAUUUCUAAGAAACAGACUUCAGAUCCCGAUUUCAAGGGUUAUUUAUGUCAAGUUCGUCAAGUUGGUCAGACGGCAGCGUUUGGAAUAUUUACACCAAGAAAUACAACCAAGUCUAAAUCAUUGGCUUGCACUAGUGCAAAUGGUGCAGUCACUCAUACAAAUAAAGAUGCUGUAUCUGAGCAAGUUUUUGACUGGACACCCGGACAGCUGGGAGUUGGAACCGAUGUGCAAGUUGUGUGUACGGUAGUUCAACAAACAAGCACUUUAUGGGUGCAGCUGACUUCAGCAACAUUUCAGGAAAUCACGCCUUUAGCCAACGGCACUGAUCCUUCAACUGUAGAAAUCACUAAAGUCUCACCACCUCAACAACAACCAACAUCUCCUAGCAAGGUAACCUCAACUGUCAACACUACAACAGAAUCGUCUGCUUCUGCAGGAAGACAGGCUACAAAUAUAACAACAGGACGAACGUCUAAUCCACAAGGAAACGAUGUGUCACCAUCACCGACUAGCACAAGUGACAUGUCUGGAACAAGUUGCGCAACAUCUCUGCACUUGUUAGUUAUUUGCUUCAUCAUGAUUGCUUCGUUUCUAAUGUAGUUAUGUUCAGUAAUCUUGACGGUUGAAUUGGUAACUUUUGUGAUAGCUAGAGUAGGUCGUGUAGUAUGUGUGUAUAGCUAGACUAGCCUGUGUACUAGUGUGGUGUGCUGGGAUUUGAAGUUUAGUAGCCUGGUCUUU